AUGCCGCCUACCAAAUCAUCCAAGACCGGCAAGGCUUCGAAAGCCGCCAAGGCUAUCCUUCAUCCAAAGUCGACGCUCGCCGCGGUCAGGGCCAAUCACAGCCGUGGUUCGAGCAUCGACGAGGAUCGGCCGCAGCAGAGCCCUGCGUCCUCCAUCAGGAAGACGCCGUCCAACGCCAGCAUGGCCUCCAGCUCCACCAAGCCGCUGUCUCGCGCUGCUUCAGUCAAUGCGAGUCCUGCGGCCGCCACGACGAGCCUUCCGACUGCCGCAGCACCCGCCCCAUCCGUGCUGGCUCCUCCCAUCGGAACGGACAUUCUGAGCACGAAGAAGCAGGCGAUCGCGCGCGCAGAACCAGUCCAGCAGCCUGCUACUAAUACUGCUUCUGCUGCUGCGGCCCCUCCGGCUUCUGUUGCUGCGGCUCGUGAGGCUCCUGCAGCUUCAUCUGGCGCGGCUCACACGCUCGACGUCCCUUAUACCAUCGAUGAGGUGCCCACCACAAAGACUGUAUCCGCUCAAGACGCCAAGGAAGAUGUCAAGCCAACUCUGCCGCAGAACGGAGCAACUGGCCAGUCCGAGGAGCCUGCGUCUAAUGACAAAUUCGCCAAGGAAGUUGCCGCCGUCAUCGCCGGCUCGGAUCCGGCUCCGGACCAAGAACCGUCAGCAGCUGCCGUCGCUACACCCACCCCGCUCACCCUUCCCAUCGUCGCCAAGAGUGCUGGCGCAACCAGCCAGGUCGUGUCGGCCUCGAGCGAUGCGACACCCAUCGUAGCCUCGAGCGAGCUUGCCAAUGCACCAGCAUACACGCCGCCUGAGCUGACGCGGCUGCAGCACAAUACGUUUGUCUCUCGGCCCACCGAUGCCUCGCGUGUCGCUGCGCGUGCUCUGGACGCAUCCGCGCUGCCGGCCCCGCUGCGGCCUGUUGGUGGCCGAAAGACGCUCGCGCGGACUCCGAGCCACGUGGUCAUCUUUGGCUGGAUGGACGCGCCCGUUCGACUCGUUGCCAAGUACGCGCAGCCCUACACCGCGCUCUUCCCCGACGCCACCGUGCUGAUCCAGCUAUCGGACGGCAAGAGCUAUCUUGCGCGCGAAAACGUACGUCGCACGCAGCUGCAGCGUAUCAUCAGCGAGAUCACGUCGGCAUCGUCAGACGUCGAGACGGAGCCGUUCGAGGUGGUCAAAACCACGGACGUGGGCGAAUCGACCAUCACGCUGAUCGAUGCCAAGGAGGCGAGGUCGUCGGCGUCGUCGGACGGUGACGGCGAGGAGCCCGCGCGCGUGGGCGGGUUUGUGAUUCACAGCUUCUCGGACGGUGGUGCGGGCAACCUCGCACUGUUUCUGGACGAGAUGGCGCGGCGCAAGACGGCGGCGCCGCGCGUUCACUCGCUCAUCAUGGACUCGAGUCCGGGCAAGUCGAAUCCCAAGUCGGGCUCUUUUGCGUUUACAAUGCAUCUGGCGAACCGGCCGCGCGUGCGUGCGAUCGUGCGGCUGCUCGUGUACAUCGGCCUGUACAUGCUCAAGAUCUGGACCAAGAUCACGGGCCAGCUCGGCCGCGGUGAGCUCAUGCGCAAACGGCUCAACUCGCUCCGCAGCUGGAGCUGGAUCACUGCCGCCCACUCGUCCAAUGCCGCCACGGCCGAAAAGAGCGAGUAUCCGCCGCGCAUGUACAUGUACACCAAGGCGGACCGUCUCAUUCCGUGGCAGUUUGUCGAGGAGCAUGCACACCACCUCGGUCAGAUUCGAGGUACGAAACCGGGCGUUGUGCAGAUGGAGAACGAGGCCGAGAGGGCCAAGCUGCUCAAGGCGGUCGAAUCGGGCGCAGGCGAUGCGCGCGAUGCGCCCGAGUACCGCGUCGAGCUCAGGAGGUGGGACACUCCACCACACUGCAGCAAUGGCCGCGCCGAUUUCGUCGGCUACUGGUCCGCCGUGCUCGACUUCUACUCGAACGUGCUCAGCCGGCCCUAG